CAUUAUCUGCUGCUCGUAGUGCAUACGAAGGAGCUGAACAAGAACAAAAAGAUAUAGAGGACAGUAUUGAUGAAAUUAAUUCCAAAUUAUCACUAAAUUAUGGGUUGAAAGAUGAAUUUGCCACAUUAGAUGAUGAAUGCUUUGAUCAUGAUUCUGGAGAUAAUUUUGCAAAGUGGAUUGGGGCCGAAUCAAAAGAUGAUCCACAACACUAUACUCAAAUGCUUUAUGAAAAUGGAGCUAGAUGUUGGAAUGGACCAGCUCGAUCCGUUAAGGUAUAUCUUGAAUGUGGAGCCGAAAAUCAAAUCCUAUCAGUCUCUGAACCUGAAAAAUGCGAGUAUCAUAUGAAGAUGAUUACUCCAGCUGUUUGUCUUGAGAAUAAUAGUCCUAAAAUUGUGCAUGAUGAAUU